UAGCGAGUGGUCUGCGCAGGCGUCACUCCGCGCACGCGCGUCCGACUGUCGCGCGUCUCGACUGUGGAACAUGAGGUGGUGACGUCGUGUAGUGUUUGUUGUGUGUGAUUAUACACCGUGAGUGACGCAAUGAGGUUCCUCUGCACUAUUAUCGCUCUAGUUCUAACAGUAUGCCUCGGCGCCAAGUCAGACCGUUCGAGGCAGCGUUCCAGUCCCAUUCGCAGUGUCCCGGUCGCAGCCGACAUCAAACGGGACGUGGACUUUGACUGUCCCGAAGAGUUCGGCUACUACCCUCACCCCACCGACUGUACACUGUACUACGUAUGCGUGUUUGGCGGCGCCUUGCUUGAGUCUUGCACUGGUGGCCUUAUGUACAGCCACGAGCUCCAAACAUGUGAUUGGCCGCGUAACGUAGGCUGUGAUGGCACAAGCGCGAUAGGAUCCGAUGAUCUAGAGCGCAUCAGCGAAAGAGAACCUCCACCCCCGCCGCCCCCGCGUCGCACACCACCCCCUCCACCGCCACCUAGAGCACAACCCAACCCUGUAGUUACGUCGAGAGGACAACCUAAAUUCAGUCGCGAUGAAUACGAAAAACAACAACAAUUAUAUGCUGAAGUGGACGAUUUACCUCCAGUCGAAGAAAUUGAAAGCGACAGGCAGCAACGUGUGAACAGAGGACAGCCGCCUACGAUCGGACAGGUUCAGAAGGAUAGAGAUGGCUAUAUUUCCCAAACUGCUAGCUCAGGAAGAAAUCUUAAUUCCAAUAUUAUCCCAGCUUCUAUACCUCAGAACAAUGGUAAAAUUGGUUCUUUCUCCUUCGGAACCCAAGUUGAUGAUAGAAGAGCUGCAGUAGUUACCCAAGCCCCUCAAGCAUAUAGUGAAGACAAACGUGAUUACCUGACUGACUAUCUUCAUGACAGACAACUCGACCUUGAGACAAAUGAAAUCAAUGUUGAUGACAGAAUAGAAAAUUCACAUGUUAGAAGAAAAAGGCAGUUAUCAGAAACAAAUUUAGGUGCAGAGGAUAAAAAUUCUACUAGUAAUGAUCAAUUAUCUAAGAGAAGUGAUCAUGACGAAGAGAUAGAAUUUUCACUUCAUAGCGACGAUGAUGAAAAUGAUAAUGAAAGAGGAAAAAGACAGAUUCGAUACUAUGUUAAAAAUGGAUAUAGUAAACCUACAAAGAAUUGGGUUAUAGCUAAACCAAUAAAAUUAGUAAACAUACCCCAGUUUGGCUAUAAUAAUCAAAAUAAUCAAGGCACACGUUUUUCAUCAAAUUACAACGGCUUGAAUGGUAACCAGUUUUAUGAUAACCGGAAUCCUUAUACUGACGAUAAUUCCUAUGCGCCAUCUCAAGCAGACUCUUAUCAAUUUGAUGUAGAAUCUCAAAGACCAUUUAAACCUAGCUUACCCGAUCCAAUGAAUUCAAAAUAUGUGCAUAAUCCUGCUAGUGCACCGACACAAAUUAUAACAAAAAGUCCACCAAUAUCAUCAUUGAACAAUAACGAAAAUCCGUUUGCAUCAUUGGCUGGUGGAUUUUAUAAUAAUGCACCAAAACAGAUGUCUUUAAAAACUUCAACUAAUCGUCCAAAUUAUCCAGUUAUAUUUCGAGAUUCAUCUCAAUUACCAAGUACUCUAGUAACUGCAAAGCCGGUUUACAUAACUUCUUCACCACGACCAAAUGACGAUUCAAAGUCAAAAUUUGAGAACAACCAAAAUAUAGGAAAUGAUCAAGAUCAAUACAGAAAUGGUAAAAAUUAUCAAAAUCAAGAUAGCCAUAGGCCACCAUUAAAAGAGGAAGAUUAUAAAGAUCGAGAUAAUUCUAGUGAGUAUGAUGAUUCUGAUGAGUCAUCAGAAGAUGAGUCUCGAGAAGAAAACGAAAAAGAUGAUGAUAGUUUCAAACAUGAUUUUCCGGAACCACCUUACGAAUUCACUCACCCAAAAUAUAAAUACAGUGAAAUAGAUAACCCAUUCGCUAAUCCAAAUUUUGAUUUUGAUGAGUUUUUGGCAAAAUUAAGUAAUGGUCAAUAUUCUCCAUCAACUACUCAAAAAUACAAAAAUGUUCAAAUGGCUGCAAUAAGAGCCACAGAAUCGCCUGUUAAAUCGACCACAGCAUCAUCUUCUAAUUCAGUAUAUAUUACAUCUACAUUGAACUAUAAGGGUAUGAGUUCACCUAAACCUUUUACUGGUCCUUUAGGAACAGGAACUUCUACUAAUCCAAAAAAUAUUUUACAUCAAACUGAUCGUCCAACAAAUUCAGGUCAGUGGAUCCAAAUACCAGAAACAGGUCAAAAAACUUAUAUUCAGCAACAAGAAAAACGAUUACAUAACCAAAAUGUUCAGAUAGUGCCACAACAAACUUUACCUGAUUUAAGGCAGCCAAAUUUUAAAGACCAACGUCAGUCAUCUAUAAAUCAGAACUUUCAACGGCUCAUAGCCAGUACCCCACUUUAUGAUGAAAUAAAGAACAAAGGAAAUCACCAACGCAUAGUAUCGAUAUCACAGAAUCCAUUUGCGGUAUCAACUGGUGCACCGAUUAUAUUAUCAACACCAAAACAGCAAUAUUUAAUCAAACCCGAAAAAAUAAUAUCUCUUCAGCCGCAUAUAGUUGCUACUGGAAAACCUUAUUUGAUUUCUACUGUGAAACCUCAUAAUGCAUAUACGGCUUUUAAACAUUCUACAGCAAAACCUCUUACAACCAUAGCAAAUCAACAAUUGUUGGCGUUGCAAAAUUAUUGGCAAAAUUUAUCUACAGAAUCACAGUUUUCUGUUCAAUCUACCCCUAGGCCUAAUUCCGCAUCGAAUCAUCAAAAAAAUUCAAAUUAUUUAUCUUCAACAAUAAGACCUAUAUUAAAAGAUACUUUAACUACCACCACCAUGGCACCAAAACGGAGACCAAUACCAAAACCUUCACCAGAAAUGAAUGAUUACUAUUAUGAUGAUGAUGAACAGUUUUAUUACGAACCACCAGUGAAAUCUAAAUAUAUGCCAAGUUCAGAAGUAAAACCCAAGAGACCACCGAUGGCUCAAAAUUAUAAAGAAUAUGAUGAUAAUUAUAGCUAUGAGGAAAUUCAAGAGCAUCCAGUCAAACAAUUACAAUCCUCUCGAGCACCUACUGCAUUUACGACUAGGCCAGAAACUUCUAGAAAUCCAAAUAAUUUCUCAGGUGUCACAAAAUCGCAGAUUAAAGAUUUCAAUAAAAUUGUAGACGGCAAAAUUGCUGUUCCAGUGCUGAUUGAUUAUAGCACACCCGCACCUACAAUUUUACGCCCUGAGAUUUCAAAUUACAAAAUAUUACAUCACCAAUCUCGUAAUAGAACUAUAUAUAUGAAGAAACCAAUUAUUUUGUCAACUAGUGGGCCUUUUACACAGAGACCACCUAAAUAUCUGAAUCAAACUACAUUGAGACCCUACACUGUUAGACAUAGACUUGCUAAACCUACAACGGAAAAUGUACCUGUUACUCUUGCACCUAUUAAUGAUUUCAAAGGGAAAGUUAGACAUCAAAAUAUUGUAGCUCAAACGAAGUUUACCACACCACGAGAUAACUUCAACCAGGAAACUCGAUACACUAAAACCAAACAUGAUGACAGAAUAAACAGCUUGGAACCAACAGAAAGUGUAGCACCGGUGUCGUACUCAGCCAGCCCUCGUCCAAAAAUGUUAUACAAUGGUUCUCAAAAUUACAGCCCAGAUCAAUAUGAUCCUUAUUAUGCGGUUUACGAUGAGGAUGGCGAACUAUAUAAAGACAAUGACUAUGUGCAGCAAUAUAAUACGGCUUCGCUCCGACCUGCAGUCCAGCAGACUUACCGCGGCACUCCACCUUCGAGAAGACCCGUCGACGCUUACACCCCAAGGCCCGUGUCUUCUGUUGACUAUGAUGAUGCUCUCAUCCAAGGACAGGUUAACAAUCAGAAUCAGUACCAAUCAGCUAUUCGCCAAUCUACUAGGGGCGAUGGUAAUGAAUUGGGUUAUGAUCAUAAUCCAAGCAGCGUGAGGACGCCCGUUUAUGAAGCUCCUAUAAGCACAACUCUUUCUACAACUAGCACAACUACUACCACCACCACUACCACACAACGUCCUACUACUGCACCGUUCACUGAAGCUAUGACCCCGUCUAGAUAUACCACAAGAUCACCCACCGAUGAAAGUCCUAAUGUAGAACCAAAUGCCAAUCCAAAUCCUAUAGACGAGUCUGAUUCCGAUUCACCUAUCUCCUCUACCUCACCUUCUGUUAUAAACUUCUCCACCUUAGCCAAACCUUUCGAAAAGACUGACAACACGCACCGACUACAAGAGACUUUAUCUUCAACUGAACGACUUCCAACUUUUAAACUUUCUUCUGUUGUGACUAAUUAUAAUAACACAAAUAAAUUGGAAGUGGUAUCAUCAAAACCUACUGAAGAGGGUAAAAGAAUUAUAUCACUAACAUCUGGGUUUUCAAUAAGGCGCAAUCCAAAUAAUACUAAUAAUCCUUAUACGUUAACAGUCUUGACUCGACCAUUUGCAGAUUAUAAUAAAUCACGGGGUAGUUUUUCAGAACGUAGUAAUAGCAAUGAACAGGCAAAAGAAACUGAACUCGAUUAUAAUGGCAAAAAUGACAAUAGUAGAAAGGCUUUAUUAGCUAAAAUAGGAAAUAGUAAAAUCAGCUUCCCUUCAACUGAAAUUAUGACGAAACGUAAAGAUUUCAGUCCGGAAGUUCAAGAUAAUAAUGAUGAUAUACCUAUAUAUGUUAGGCCUACUGCCAAACCUAUUGCUCUUCCAAAACAUACUACUGCACAGAAUUCGACACCUUCAUCAGGCAAAUUUUAUAUUAAAUCAGUAAUUAAACGACCUGUACCUUUUCACAUUAGUAGAGAGCUAAAUAAAGAAUCUACUGAAGAUAAUAUAAAUGCUAAUAUAUUGAUAGAUGCCGCUUUGAGUAAUGUAAAUAAUAAAGACAAUUCUAAGCCUCCACAAGGUGACACUACUGAUGAAAUAAAUAGAGAAAAAGAUGAAGCUUGGGAGAAACCACAUGUAUCGCCAUAUGAAACUUUAAAGAAGUUAAGAAACAAGGAAGAUGCUAAUAGCAAUUAUAAAGAUACCUACGUUACAAGUACUACAUCAAUUAAGCCAAUUGAAAUAUCAAAUGAAAAGUCACGUCGAGGGCCCGCAUAUUAUAGUUAUCGAGUUAUUGAUGUACCAGAUCAAACAACGGAAGUAUUUAGUGGUACUGUAAAAAAUGUUAUAAAAGCCUUCUUUGAUACAUUUGUCAGUAGUUCUCCAAAAUAUAAUCAAGAAUUUCCCACUACUACAGUUAAAGUUUUAACAUCACCAGUAGAAAAAGUUGUUAAUAUUGGAUAUCAGACGAAAACGCCAAAAUACAGUGAUAAUAUCCCACCGCGUACUAAUAUAAAACGUUUACAAGUAAUGACGGAACCUACUAUCAAUACAUUUAUUUCAUCUAAUGACGACACGGAUACGUUUACUGAAAAAAAUACAAGAGUCAAUGACUUUUCAACAACUGUUACUAAUAAGAACCCUGUAGUCCCACCAACAAUUCCGGCCAUGUUAGAAAGCUCGACUACUAAUGAAUUUCGUUAUAAUAAUAAUAAUAAUCCAAGUAGACAGUCGUACGAUUCUUCGAAAUUUGUUUCGCUUGUUAACGAUAAACCCGCUAUAGAGAAAUCGCAUAAAUUUCAUAAAAUUAUAAUUGAAGAACCAUCUUCUGAACAAUAUGACGAAAAGUAUAUAUUAAGAGGACGUAACAAUACAUAUAUUGAACCAACAAUACCGACCAAAAUAAACUCGGAAAUCGUGACCAAUGUUAUUAAUGAGAUAGCUUCGACUACAAGUACAACCAAAUCGACAGUGACUACAAAACUUGACAGAUUAACGUCGACGACAAAAAGUAUACCCUUUCCCACACGUGCCUCGCGAGUCAAUCCCGCCAUAAAGUUAGCUGCGACAAACCCUGGAGGUGGGCGCAGGAGUUACCAAUCUACGACCAAAUGCUCAUCAGACAACAGUCUGCAAGCGAAUCCAAAAUGCAACGAAAUCAGAUAUCAGAGGCCGGCCAGCACCAGAGGUCGUGGGUCAGCGCACUAUUCGACCCUGAAUGGAGGAGAAGCACCGCAGCCAGUACCGAACAGGGGAACACCACCAACUCGCAACCGCCCGACUUUGAAGCCCUCUACGGCCAUAGUAUCUAAGAGCACAGAAUUUGUGGACAUUUACACAUAUCCACCAAGGAGAUCAGCGCCAGUAUAUCCUCAACCGACUCCUGACAAGACAGCAGCUAAAUGUAGAAAGGAUGUCUGUCUUUUACCUGAUUGCUAUUGUGGUGGCAAGGAUAUUCCAGGAAAUUUGCCCGUCGAAGAAGUACCUCAGAUCGUUUUAAUGACAUUUGAUGAUGCUGUGAACGAUUUGAAUAAAAUGUACUACGAAGAACUUUUUGAAAGAGGUAGAAUUAAUCCCAAUGGGUGCCCGAUAUCUGCCACAUUUUACGUCUCUCACGAGUGGACAGAUUACAGUCAGGUUCAAAACCUGUAUGCCGAUGGUCAUGAAUUGGGCUCCCAUACUAUAUCUCACAGUUUUGGAGAACAAUUCUCUCAAAAGAAAUGGAAUAGAGAAGUUGGUGGGCAAAGAGAAAUUUUAGCAGCUUACGGCGGAGUCAAACUGGAAGAUGUCAGAGGCAUGAGAGCUCCUUUCCUCUCAGUAGGAGGCAACAAGAUGUUCAAGAUGUUAUACGAUUCGAACUUCACUUAUGAUUCAUCUAUGCCUGUUUACGAAAACAGACCACCUAGUUGGCCUUAUACCCUCGACUAUAAAUUAUUCCACGAUUGUAUGAUUCCACCGUGCCCGACUAAAUCCUAUCCUGGUGUAUGGGAAGUUCCAAUGGUGAUGUGGCAAGAUUUGAAUGGCGGAAGAUGUUCCAUGGGAGAUGCCUGCGCUAAUCCUCCAGAUGCGGAAGGUGUCUACAAAAUGAUUUUGAAGAAUUUCGACAGACACUACACUACCAACAGGGCCCCAUUCGGCCUAUUCUACCAUGCUGCCUGGUUCACCCAACCUCACCACAAGGAAGGUUUCAUCAUGUUCUUGGACUUCAUCAACCAGAUGCAAGAUGUCUGGAUCAUCACCAACUGGCAGGCUUUACAAUGGGUCAGAGACCCUACACCGAUUUCAAGAAUCAACAACUUCCAGCCAUUCCAGUGUAACUAUCCAGACCGACCGAAGAAGUGCAACAACCCCAAAGUUUGCAAUCUUUGGCACAAAUCUGGAGUUAGAUAUAUGAGGACAUGUCAGCCAUGCCCUGAAGUGUAUCCUUGGACCGGAAAGACCGGCAUCAGAUCUUCACGUAUAGACAACGACAAUGGAGAAUAGAUCCAACUCGCAAAUCUAUUGUAGAAGUUUAGAAAUUUCUAACGAAUUGUUGUUAUUAGAUUGCAGUAAAAAUAUGACAAGCCUAGGAGGCAGAGAUCAUAAAAUGUAAAUUAUUAAAUAGACGAAAUUGUUUUGUCACCAACUGAGUGCCAUUUAGAUUUUGAUGGUCACAAAGCAAGAUUUUAUGUAACAAUUUCUUAGGGCGAGUUGUGAUUAAAAUGCAACCUUCAUUGUCUAUUGUAUUGGAAACUGAUAUUAAGUGUUUUCAAUCGUCUAGGUGUGAAGAAUAUGUCAAGAUUUAUUAUAUACUUGCAUGUUUUAAUACUUACCGUUUUGUGCAAUGUUCUUCGCAAUAUUUUUAUUAUCCUAUUUUUGUGUUCGUAUUAGCUUAUGAUACAUAUCUAAAUACUCUUAAUUAAUAUUUUUUAUCCUAUAAGGUUUUUUUUACUUAAUCAUAUAGGUAUACCGAAUUAUGUUUCAGUAUUGUUCAUUGUGUUAGUACUGUACUAUAGACAGUCUAAAACAGAUUACCAUUUUCACCAUAAUAUUUAGCGAAAGCCAUAUUAAAAAUUAUAAAAUUUAAUUUAGAAAAUAACUUUUCUUAUCUUGCCAGCUUUGCGGUUGACACUGCCUUUUUUACAUUUGUAAAUAUAGACUAGUAUUAGCAUGUAAUAUUAUAUGAUUGUGCAAGGUAUAAAAUUUCUUGUGUCAAGGAUAUAUUUUAGGAGUCAUUAUUAUGGAGUUGUAUUAGAAUGUGACUGGAACACAUUGGAAUAUAAAUUUUUGUAUCGUUGUGUAGACGUCUGUCCACAUCGUGGUCUGUGAUGUAGCACAUGUCUAUGUGACUGUUCGUUGAUACCGAGUGAAGAGAGGUGGACUUCCUAAUCAAAUAGUUUUUAAUAGAGACUAAAUUUAACUAGACUUUUCAUCAAUGAAUACUAAAUAGCAAUAAUUCAUUUAUCACGUUUAAUAGAUCACAAUAGAAAAUGCUUCGGUAUGCUACUAGUACUAAAGCAUUUAAAAGCGCUUGCUACGAAUCUAUUUAAAAUAAGUAUAUAUUAUUUAUAAGUUCUAUUAUUGUAAAUAUUAGGUUAAUAUUUAAAAUUGGUAAAUUCCCUUUUUACAAAAAUAUUGGACGCAGUUAUCCCAAUCACGGUAAUAUGAUGCAUCUGGUCUGGACAUGCCUAUCUAGCACUGCGAUCCUUUGAACUAUGUCGAGGUGAUUUAUUUUUAUCAAAUUAUAUUUAUGUACAAGAAUCGUAAGACAUCUGUGACCAGUGCUAAUGAUUAAAAUGCUAUAAAAUUAAA